AUGGAGUCUUCUCUCGAGGUUGUGACUGAUGAUCAGCAGCGACAUGACAUGCUCGCCGAGUUGUGCCAACAUCCCGGUUGGAGAGUCGACAAUUCGCCGUUGGAUGACGCGGUAUUCCAACAAAUCUCCAACCAGAUGAGGAAGAUGGGAUUUUCCCCGGACUGGACCCGUCGACCAAGGACUUAUUUUAUAUUAUUCCAGAUAAACAAACUCAACUUGAUGGAUAUGUUCAUUGGUCAUGGGCUGAACGACACGUGCAUCCCAUACUCGAAUCGAUCUGCCCUACCGCUUCUGACUUUCUUCGAGGCUCAAGAGUUUAUCGAAUGGCAAAGUGUGUGCCAGAGUAAGAUUUUGGGGUUAGAGCACGGAGAUCACUGCAGAUUAGCGGACGGCGACGUACUGUUUGAGCUAGGUAAAUCGAAGCUCGGGAAAGGCAGCGACAUGAACACCGUGGUCGAUAAGGUCACCAGCAAGAUGACCGGUAAAGUUUAUGCUCGAAAGAGAAUCGCACGCAAGCGAUUUCCUCGAGACGCCCAACGACGUUUUGAAAAGGAGCUCCGAGCCUUGACGAAAAUGCAAAACCACGAGCACCUCAUCUGCAUUCGUGGUACCUAUACCGACAGGAAAUUCUUCGUUCUUUUACUUGAACCUGUGGCCGAUUGUUCACUCAAGGCAUUCUUACUCUUGAGUGAUACGAAGUCCGUCCGAUUUCGCGCCACAAUAUGUUCAUAUUUCGGAUGCAUGGCGAAAGUCAUGUUCAUGUUACACGAUAAAGAAAAGAUACUGCACAAAGACAUCAAGUUGGACAAUUUCUUGGUCAAGGAUGAAAAACUCAUCCUCACCGACUUUGGGACUUCAUACGACUUCUCCGAAUCAAACCAGAGCAUGACAGAGGCGAAUCGACAGGAUGCACGAACGGUUCGAUAUGCCAGUCCGGAAGUGCUCGAGGGGAGUUUUCACCGUGCCUCGGAUAUUUGGUCGCUGGGAAUCGUAUAUCUCGAGUUGAUGACCGUAUUAUACAACAAGACCUUGGAGGAGUUCGAAACGUACCUCAAGAGUCAUGGAAAAAUGACGCAUUACAUUCAUGCAAAUCUCGAUGCUGCUCUUGGCUGGUGUCAGCUGCUUCAAGGCUGGCACAAUCCUCGCCCGGAAGGCGAACUGUUUGAAUGGAUCCCUCGCAUGUUGGAAGUCGACCUUGUCAACAGACCGUCAGCGGCAGAGCUGUACGAAGGUAUAUUGGCCGCGCAAAAGAGCGAAUUGUUCGGACAAUGCUGCACGGAAGAACCGACAGACUCUGAGUCCGAUCAAGACUUGUUGGAAAGUGACAGUGACGGAGAGCUCGGCCGGGACAAGUCAUCCCAGCAAAAGAGCACCUCGACUCCUCCUACUCCUCCGAGUGCGCACUCUGCAUCUCCUCUGGUGACGCCGGUACCAGGUCAAGGCCGGAAUGAACGCCCCGACAUUCGUAAUGCAACCCCUAUUCGAAUCGCCGAGGCCUUCGAGGCACGAAAUGGAAAGACACAAAACUUCUCAAAGCCAGCAUCGCCCACAGAACCCCGAGCGACCCCCCCAACAUCCAUCUCGCCUCAGCCAACAGAUCAAGUUCCCCCUUCCCCCCAGCCGGCAAAAGCUUCUGGAAAUUCGACAUUCCCUCAUGCUUUUGAACGGUGGGAAACCCUCUCGGCCCACUGGGAAGGCCUCACUUCAUACUGGUUAAGAAAGCUCCAAGAGAAUACCAACACUGUUGAUACCGACAAGACACCAUAUUAUCCCUCUUAUCAGCAAAUGGCUCGACAGAUUACAGACCUAUCCGCUGCCGGAGCGAACCUCUUCCAUGCAGUGGUCGAGCUUCAAAGACUACGAGCAUCAUCAGAGCGAAAAUUUCAGCGGUGGUUCUUUGAAACAAGACGCGAACAAGAACUUGCACAGGAGAGGAUGUCAGAACUGGAAAGAUUGCUGGACAAUGAACGCAAAGCCCACCAAAAACUCAAGCAACACUUUCGGGAAGCACUAGAAAAUGAUCCUACCAUACCCCCGAGACCACCUUUGAAGGACAUUUCCAAAGAUGUUAAGCGACCCGAGCAAAUGUCUCCCGAACUACCGGUGCACACUCGCGGACCUCAAUAUGGAUUUAUCAAUGCUCCACCUCAUGUCCGCCAGCAAUCCUCCUCAAGUGGAAAAAGUUGA